AAUGAAAAACUGUUAAAUGAGAAGAUGUCAUUUCAGUCAGUGGUGCACCAAAAUUAUUUUCCUUAAUACAGCUAUAAUUGUGCUAACUUUGGUGAAUGUGUUUGUUUUUGCAGUAAACUGGAUGAGGAUCAUCUCUACAUGGCCUACGCAGACAUCAUGGCUAAGAGUUGCCAUGAUGAAGAGGAUGACGAUGGAGAAGUGAAGAGUUUUGAAGAAAAAGAGAUGGAGAAGCAGAAGCUGUUGUAUCAGCAGGCUCGGCUGCACGACCGUGGCGCUGCUGAGAUGGUGCUCCAAACCAUCAGUGCUAGUAAAGGUGAGAUGGGUCCCAUGGUGGCAUCUACUCUGAAACUGGGCAUAGCUAUUCUCAAUGGUGGGAACUCAACCGUACAGCAGCCAGUGCACUACAGCUGCUGGCUACAGUGGGACCUCACGAGGCCUCCUCCUCCGGGCCUGGACAAGCCAACUUGCUGCCAGCUGCGGUUGCCACACCAGCUCCUGCGGCGCCAGGUGAUCCUCAGCCAGUAUCACAUGAAAAUGGACCCCGUUCCACUUUUCCCACUGUGAGCCACCUCGUGAACUUCUCCAAUGUUAGCAUAUUCAGCAGCCUUUCCCCUUCAUUGUGCCAGUCUGCAGGCACCUGGCCACCGCCUUAUGGAGCCACCUGGCAUAGGCAAAUGGCCAAUCCCUCAGCUCCAUCCAGAACCAACAGGAGUGGUCUUAGGGUGGUGAAGCAGGUCUAGGAUCACUCAAUGAACAUCAGGAAAGUA